ACAGUCUCUAUGUUAAAGCAAUGUAUACAGAUAAUAGCAGAAAAGGGUUUACAAGGUAUCGAGUACUCCGAGCUACUAGUACUGCUAAGUUAUAAUGCCAGAUGGGGGAGUAACGUUGAGUGCCCCAUAUUCAGGGAGAAACUCUGGAAGCACAUAAGCAAACAUGAGUCUCUGUUUUUCUACUGUCCUCGCUCCCAUAACCCGACAGAAGAGAAGCUGUACGAUAAACCUCAAAACGUAGCGGAUGAUCAAUCAAACAACCUUCAUGGUUACUGUCAGAAAUACGAAAAGAUCAAAAGAUUGACUUUGAAUGACAAUUUGACAUACUCAGAAAUUUUAGAGAGGUAUCCCAAUAUCCACCUAUCAACAGUACAAGAUAUCAGAAACGAGAUGUACAUAAGAGAUACCAACUUUUUGAUAAUAUCCGACCUGAACGCUAACCAGUAUGCCGUCUAUGAAUAUUAUCGCAGAGUUGGCAAGCGUGGGUUCACGUCCAGGCAACUUCAACAAGCAUUUGCUUGCAAAGCUCCUGCAAUCGUCUUUUACACAGAAAUGCUCGAGAAAAUGGGGGCUUCGAAGAUACUUUUUAGUGUUAAAAGUUGUGGGAAACAUGUGAGCAGGGAGCACUAUUGGUUCCAUCGCACGUGUGAGAAUUCUAUAAGAUGCAUCGAGAAAGUUAUGAACGGUGUUAUGAAGAUAAACCGAAAAAAAGAGUUAUCUCUAGAGGAUCUAAGGCAAUGUUUCGACGAGGCAAUCUCUUCUGUGAAUCUUGUCGAUCACGAAGAGGAAACUUUCGAACUCGUCAAGUAUUUCCUAGUCAAAGUCGCUGCUCUCCAACUUACCGAAGGGCAAAAAUACAUCGCGAAAGGAGACGUUCUCAUUACUGCUGAAAAGAAAGAAACAGAGUCGGAGAGUGAGCCGGAGCACGCUUUCUACGGCGACGCUAUGAUCACAGGUGAACCUAUCGACUGUCAGAUUCUUCAUUUCAUUGCAAGUAGUGGAGAUGAAGGAUGCACGAGCAAUGAUGUUGCUGCUCACUUUGGGAUAGACCACCUUUUAGUUCGGUCUGUUGCCCGAAUCUUAAUGGGAGAUGAGCGGGUCGAGAGGUCCAGUCGUGUUUCCAAGAAGACGAACCAAUAUGUUUACAAAAUUAAAAACACUCCCAAAGAUAAUUCAGCCCAAGACUCAAUAAAGGAAGAGUCAGAACACGAAUUCUCCGAUGAUGUUUCUCAUCUUUCUACAAACAUGGAACGUCUAAAAGCCAUCCACCGAGUUUUUCAAAAGCAAAAGGUUCUUACCAGACCGGAAAUAAGGAAGUUUCUCCGUGAUGAGCCGGUUGACCCGAAUUUUGCUCAAAUUGACGGCAAAACAUUGAACCGGCUUCUUAAAACUCUGUGUGACAAAGGAAAGAUAUUACACUUAGUGCUCAAAGGAAGUGGAGCUAAUGAUAAAGUACUAGAUAUGUAUUACCUAGUAGGGUGUAGUAAAGAGGAGCUGGACAAAAAAGUCGAUAUCAUUAAGACUCGACUGGAAAGACCCCAAUCUCACGAAGCAAUGGAGGGAAUCAGUCAUGUUUACCUUCAUGCCCAUGCUUCAAAGCAUUUUCCUGACCCAAUACCUGAAUCAUUUGUGGGAUUUGGAGACUACGUCUCUCCUGGAGUUUAUCAUGGCCCGAAGAUGGUUUUUGCUCAACAAUUUCAUCUCAUGCUAUCUGUCCUUGUAUACAGAUGGCCAAUAGUGGAGGUCCUUCCCCGCCAGCACUUAAAUCUCAAAGAUUGGUGGGAAUAUGUCUUGAAACUGGAUCCUCUCGUUCCCAAUGAAAAUGGGGAGUUUGAAGUUGCUGAUUUCAUCAAUUAUUUUCCCAUAUAUUUCCUUCAAUAUUUUAACAAGAAAAUGACGUAUGACUCCUUCCUUGAGUUGAUGGAAAAUAAGAUCUAUUCUAGACGUUGUAUUGGUCAACUUCCAAAGCAGUUUCUAGUGAACUUGAGUGGCAACAUCUCCCACGUUUGUUACAGCUUUGCUAAAACAAUUGAACUAUUAGAAGCUAUGGACUUGGUGGAGAUAAAGCAGAAAUUUGAUUACACCAAGAAGAGUCUAAGUGGGUUAAAGUUCUGUCUUAGGAAAAGGACGCUCUUACUCAACACUGCAUACGCUCCUAUAAACAAAGACACUUUUAAAGGGUACAACAUCCGUCGUAUUCAUUUACCUCGACGAAUACUAGCGUUCAACGUAUCUGAUGACAGUGGUUUCUUUGACUUUUGGGAUAGAGCCGAAAACAUUUGUCUUUCUGGAACAUUUCAUGAAUCGGCUGCUUUUUGCCAAAACAUUACUGAUCCUGUUAAGUCGCUCCUUCAAGUAUUCAAGGACUACGGAAUACCUCUUGACCAGACUGAGCAAUUUUACAAUAGUCCUGGGACUGUUGAAAGAUUGAACGCUGUUUACUCUGAAUUGGGGCCUGGUGGAUUUUUGAUCAGAUUGAGGACCAAUAAACAAGAUAACUGGUGUUCCUCAAUAAAAACGUCAAGAAAGACAUUUCGGCCUGAGCUAGCAAUAAUAAACGCCCUUAGAACACAGGACAAUUUUAACGUCAGUAAUCAGUCUACUGAAAGAGUAGAUUCUGAUUCAGAUGAUUAUGUUAUAUACAAGCCAAGAGGAAAAGGGCAUACUCGGUCAUUGUCGAAGAAAAGACUGAAAAAAGAGCCGAAAAGGGAAGCAAAAGUCGAACCCAAGGUGCAAUCCAUAGAAAAAGAAUCUAAAGCUAAAUCAAAGGAACCGUCAUUGUCAAAUUCAAAGUUCAUUCCGACCAGUAUCAGGAAAAGAAAACUGAGUGUUCGUGAUCAUAGUGUCGCCAAACGGAUCAGGAAAAAAUACAGAGAUGACAUUGACCUUAAAAUAAAUUCCAUUAAAACCUCGGAACGAGUGAAAUUUACGGAAAUGGAGGAUGAAGUGAUAAUCACGUGGUCGGUAUGCUUGAAACUAUUUGCCCAGCCUCACUGCCCGUACGAAUCAAGAAACCUCCUUCACAACUGCUGUCCAAAGGAUGCAGCAGAUAAAACGGAAGAAAGCACGAAGAAAAGACGAGCUCUGUUGCUCGAUAGACCUGAUGUUAUGUCUCGCAUGGUUGAUCUUCAAGCAAAAGGAACUGCCUUUAAAGAAAUGACCGAGCCAAGGAUUGACAAAGCUAUGGAGCUUUUUAAGCGACGUGAAGAGUGGGCCACUGAUUUGUUUGUAGUUAGGUCAAUUCUCCCGGCAUCUUUCGCAGAUUUUAUCGACAGGCAUGAAGUAAAGGAGUUUGGUGCUGUACCGGUAAAUCAUUUGACCGUUUUCCUGACUGAGGGAUACAGAAACAAAAGAGUCCUAAAUUUCAAAGAAUGCAAUGUCGCUUCCAUAUGGGAGAAUACUGAGUUUUCUGAUUACCACAAACAGAUUUAUAACAUACUUUUGCUUGCCGUUGGGACACAGACACCAAUGCACAAUGAGGCAGCAUUUAAAGUCAUCAAAUCAGUUAACGAAGCAGAGAUGUCUAAGGUUUCCGACUACAUGUACAAGCAUCAAAUCUUGAGACGUCAGAAAAGAAGAGUCACGAGUGAUGGUAAACUAGCUGAGGCUCAGAGGGUAGCUGUAAACACGGAAGCUGUUCAAUGUCUUUACAGUCCGUUUCCUGAUGAACUCUUAUCAAAUCCACACGAUAACCAUGAAAAUCCUCUGGAAAUUCACUACAGUGAACUGAACUCCAAAGUUGUUCACAAUAUUUCUCAUGCGCAUUUCAGGGGGAAUAGCAAGGUUAUCAUUUCUGGUGCUAUCGACCCAUUCAUUGAAAACAAAAAGUUUGACGUUGUGCUUCACAAUGUUGACGCAGAAGUUGCAGCGUUCGCUGAGAUGCACACUAAACGAAACACCUUUUUUAGUGGCCUCUCCACUGUCGAAGAAGGAAAGUCAUUAGGCUUCCAACUCUCAGAAAAGCACAUUACAGGCAGGUUUAAUUACAAAGUACACUCCCCCAACGAAGAGGAUAAGGUUGAAGGGUAUGAAGAGCUUCUAGGUAUGAAGGAAUCUUCCUGGCCACUUCCUUUGAAAAUAUUCAUAGCUUCAACAGAGUCUUCCAAAAGCGAAUUUAGCUGGAAGUCUGUUGAUUUAGAGACUGGGAAAUUAUCCUCAUCUAAUGACAGCAGAGAGGUAACUCAUUUUUCUCCGACUGAACUUAAUAGUUACGAGCUGAAUAAAGCAUGUAUUCAGAAUAUGAGCUUACCACAGAAUACUGAAAAGGGUGAGCAAUUCGCAUACUUUUGUCGGAAAAACGAUUUGUUAGAACUCACUAUCCCUGGCCAAUAUCUGCUGGAUCAGGUGUUUCAAUCAAAACAAACUGGGAUCAUCGAAAAAGAUCUCAUUCUCAAACUGAUAUCUACGCACAAAUCAUCCGUAGAACAGGUUGUGGAAAUAAUCAACAUCUGCACGAAUCUAGAGCUAGUGAUGCGUGUAGGGUUCGUGGAGUCUAUUAUCGUCAGUAAACAUUACGGUGCCUCUUGGCUCAUAUCUGUACAAUGUGGGUCCUCUAGUGAAUCCAAACUUCCAAAAAAAGAAACCGAAGAUAACGAAACCUCCCAUAGAAGGAUGGAAUCAGAUUUCUCUAAAUACUUUCCCUUGACAGCAAAGCCUUGGCGGUCAAUCAACUCUGACAUCAAUGUUCCUCUGCUCCGAGAUUUGACAAAAUCGAUUGUUUUGUUUAUCUAUGCUUAUCCUGGCAUAUCAAAAGAACUGAUUGAUAGAAGGUACCAUACUUAUUUGAGUCCAAUAAAUUCGAAGGAGCUGCUAGAAAGUCUGUUGUAUUCUGAGGUAAUCAAGAGGUGCUGGGACAAACCUCCUCCACCCGGUUUGUUUUCUUCUACCGCUCCACAGAUCAUGAUGGAACAAGAGAUAACCCUUUCUUCCUGUUUUAGUGUUACAGCUGAUGGACUCGACAAUUUUGUCGGUUUUGUACCGUCUGCGAUGUGAAGUCGGAUAUUCACGCUUUGCAAAUGAUGCGAAUAAGUUUGAAGUUUUAUUUCAUGUUUUAUUUUCUUUGUUAAUGACAGACUGUUCAAUUUGAGUUAUGGUUGAGAAGUUUAGCUUCUCGUGAGUAUGAUUGUGACCUGUGAAGUUAGCUUCACACAGCCAAUAAAUGCUUUUCCAAAGUAGUCAGUAUUUUGAUUAUAUUUAAAUAUAUUUUAUUUAACAUAUUAUUCAAUAUCCAUCACUGUCUAUUUGUUAUCUUUCUAUAUGUAAGUGUAAUACGUCUGAAAAAUAAUUAAUUUAUCAUUCAAAUUUUUGUCUUACCGACUAAACUGUAGCUU